AUGUCAGCUGUGGAAGACCAAGGUCGGUAUCGAGGCGGGCUAUAUCAGCUUACAGGGCUAGUGCCUUUCGUUGGGUCCUGCGUUGUUCUUGGUGUUGGAGUAGUUCCAGAAUCCGAGAAGCUGGAUCUUGGGUACGUUUCGGUGGACCCUUGUACCAGGCGCUUGCCGACGGACUUCACCGCUUGA